CUUCAAUAUCCAUCUAUCAAAAUCCUCUCUCUCUUCCUACUUUUCAAGUUCCCACUUACCAAAUAAUUCACUGGUCUCUCUUAGUUCGACCGUCAUCAUGUCUUCUUUAUCAUCUAAAAGCUUUUUCUUCAAUAUCACUUAGUCUGCUACAAAGAUUGCACGGAUGAUGAUCCAGAAGAGAAAGCAUCUGACAGUGGGGUAGUUAGUAAGUUAAUUCGUUAGCCAUGGACACUGAUUUCCUUCUUGACGAUGAAGCUCGAGCCAGCUUUCUCCGAUCAGUAAUGCAGGCCUUUGGCUGCACUUAUAUUUGCCUAUGGUCAUAUUAUGAAUUACCCAACUGUCUACUCUUCUGGGAUGGAUGCUACCACGAAGAUAACAGCCAGCCUGGCCCGUCGGCCGGAACUGUAUCCCGGCAGUUUUUCGAUGAAUACCGUAAAUCAGUUAUAGCCGUUGUUGAAUAUGACAGCAGUGUGCCAGGUCUUGCCUUCAAGAACAAUCAGCGUUACAUUGAGCUCCAUGAAACUGAUCUUCAGAGAUUGGCUUCUAAUGAUCCACAGCGCCGGUUUUAUCGAGAAGCAAGGAUUAAGACUGCAGUGUUCAUGGCGUGCAAGAGUGGAGAAAUUGAGCUGGGUUUGUCCAGUAUGACACAAAUUAAUAUGGAAAUGGAGAUGAGCAAUUUGUUUCCAAAGGACUUAAUCCCUGCGCAGUCGGCUGCACAAGAGAAACCAGGCCAAGUGCCUGAUUUCAAUCGACCUUCAUCAUCUUCAUCCUCAUUAAGAUCUGCAUCACUGGAUAGCCCAGAAAACGCCUCUCUUAUAUUCACCAUUCCAAGCACAACCCACAUGCCAGAUGCCGUCAAUGAGCCUCCUUCAUUACAUCCAAUAUUACCCACCACAACAUUUGCUCAAAUGGGAAACAUUCAAUUGCCAACAUUUGAGAGUGAGUAUGCUGCAAUGACAAGAGCCAUUUUUGCCGUUUUAACUUCUCCUUCUUCUUCUUCUUCAUCAUCUCAUCAGCAUCAACAUCAACACCAAAACCAACCCCAACUAAAUCUUCCUCCCAAUUACCGAGUAAACCCCCAACCUAGCGCGUUCAGGAAGUAUAACUCAGCUUUACCUCCUGCAUCUCAAACAAGAAUGCGGCCGCAAAGUAAGCUGAAACGAGCAAUUUCCUAUUAUAGAAGGCUUAAUACUGCCAGACGUGAACAUGCCUUACAAAAUCGCCCCACCAGCACUCAAUUGCACCAUAUGAUAUCGGAAAGAAAAAGGCGCGAGAAGCUUAAUGAAAGCUUCCAGGCACUGAAAUCACUACUUCCACCAGGAACUAAGAAAGACAAGGCAUCAUUGCUUAUUAAAACAAGAGAGUACUUGAGCACAUUGAAGGAAAAAGUGAAGGAACUUAGUGAGAGAAACCAGAAACUGGAGGCUCAGCUUUCGGCUGCUCCUGCUGCCGUUGCCAAAGAAGUGGCUGCUGAAGAAGGAAGAGGUUCUUCGAUUCAAGGGCUUGAGAUAGUUGUUGUUGAUGUUCCUGUAUCAACCUCCGAAGAGAGGACUGUGGACUUGAGAGUGAGUUUAACAGCAGAAUGUCCCAUGGUGGAUCUAAUAAUCCGCAUUCUUGAAUUCUUGAAACAAGUUAACGAUGUGAGCUUGGUGUCCAUAGAAGCCAAUAACUCAAGCUCUUCUAAUCAUGUAAACUUCAGAUUGAGAAUUCAGGGAACCGAAUGGGAUGAAGCUGCCUUCCAGGAAGCAGUGAGAAGAGUUGUCAGUGAGACGUCUUGGAGGAUUCCGAAUGACAAAAUUGACAACUGAACCUUUUCUUACCACAAACUAGUCAACUGAAAAUUUUGGCUGGCGUAGAUGAGGUUCAUCUCCCCCACAUCACACAAUUGAUGUACCAAGUUUGCUCAUUUUUGUAGCCAUUCAUGUGUAUAACAGUAUCAUUAUUAAUAGUCAUACAUCCAUUUUGUCGCUCGCCGAAA